AUGGAGCAACUGGAUGAGCUCAAUUGUUCUUCUGCGACUUGUGCUCUCUGCGCCCUCCCCAACGUCUCCUCCGACGUGGUCACGCAGAGUGUCCCCUUCCAGGGGAGCAGCACCCUUCUGACAGCGGUCAUCUCCGUCACCGUCUUCACGGUCGGUCUGGCCGGCAACAGUCUGGCCAUCUACGUGGUGCUGCGCUACGCCCAAAUGAAAAGGGUGACCGACAUCUACAUUCUCAACUUGGCCAUCGCCGACGAGCUCUACAUCAUCGGGCUGCCUUUCCUCACGACGCAGAAUGUGCUGUCCUACUGGCCCUUCGGAUCCUUCCUGUGUCGGCUCGUCAUGACAGCGGACUCAAUGAACCAGUUCACGUCUAUUUUCUGCCUGACCGUCAUGUCCGUGGACCGUUACCUGGCCGUGGUGCACCCGAUCCGGGGCUCCAAGUGGAGGCACCCACGCGUGGCCAAGGCGGUGAGCGCAGCAGUGUGGGCUGCGUCUUUUGUGGUGGUCCUGCCUGUGGUCAUCUUCUCCGAUGUGCAGGACACAUUUAACUCAUGCAACAUAACCUGGCCAGAGCCAUCAGAUGUAUGGUCAACAGCCUUCAUUCUCUACACCACCACAGUGGGCUUCUUUGGACCCCUGCUCAUCAUCUGCCUCUGCUACCUGCUGAUAGUAAUCAAGUUAAAGAACUCAGGAAUGCGAGCAGGCUUCGCCUCGCGACGGCGUUCUGAGCGUAAGGUGACUCGGAUGGUGGUGGUUAUUGUGGUGGUGUUUGUACUCUGCUGGCUGCCGUUCUUCAUCAUCAACAUCAUCAACCUGGUGGUCAUCAUCCCGGAGUCCAGUGCCACUGCUGGAAUAUACUUCUUUGCGGUCAUCCUGUCAUACGCCAACUCCUGCGCCAACCCUCUGCUCUACAGUUUCCUCUGUGACAACUUCAAACAGAGCUUCAGAAAAGUGCUGUGUGUGAAGAGGGUGAGAUGCAAGGCCGGUGGUGUGGAGGACGGUGAACCCAGCGGUCGCCGCAUAGUGAAGUCAAUGCCAACUGAAUGUGCCCCUUACUCCCCUCAAAGUCAGGUGGCCUACAACCCCCAGAGCAGCCCGAUCUCUCCUCAGCCUUCAGGCUGCCAGAUUUCUCACACAGCUGCUGGUUUGAACGGCUGCAUCUCGGCAUGCAAGCGGUCUUCCUCCACAUUCCCACAGUUCUCCAGGACCACGACAACAAUUACAGGAACCUCCACGGGCAUCGUGGCUGAAAUUCCAGCUAUUACCACAGUAACUACAGUGCCUACAGUCUCUUAGAAUGGCCCAUAUGGAAUAUUGCCUGUUGACGAGCAGCCUGAGGAUAAAAGAAAAAAAAAGUGAGAUAAUUUCAGAUACAGUAGAUAGUAUGAAGAACAGUUCCCUCGUUCUAAAUGCAUUGCAUUACUGAUGCGCAUAAGGUAAAACAAUAAAUACUGUACUGACAUUUUCUUUUGUAUAACAGUGACGUCUGUUCACUUUUGAUUCGCUAAAUGUGAUGAAUGUAGUGCAUUAAUUCUUAUGUAUCUUUGUGGAUACUGUGGUUAGUAUUUAACUGCUUGUUGUUUGCAGGAAAAGUUGGGAGUUGACUAUGCUUACUGGUAUUUAUUAAUGUAAUUCAAACACAGCGACAAUUCAAUGUUCUU